GCUCCAUCCGGGAACUUCCCAAUUAGAAUUGACAGCCGAAGCGCAACUUUUCCCCAUGCAAAGUGAAAUCAAGCCGCGCACUCGGACAAAAUAUAGUCCCCGCUAUUCAACAAAAAAAUAUCGAAAGAAAAAUAAAUCGACCGUUUGGAGAGGAUGCGUCGACACGGCGUUAUUUUUUGGAGUGGAUCUGUCCAGGUACUGAAACCUUUCCGCCGUGUUUGGAGCACUUUGCUCAGCGGCGUAAAGUGAGUGAUGAGCCCUCUACACAGCAAAGAAGCGAGAACUUGCUUUGCAGCCUGAGUAGUUCUUCUUUCGAUUGUUAUUGUCGCUUUAAAAAAACAUCGAAUUCACUUAAACUUCACAUUGAUUACAUCGAAAGUGGUAUAAAAGUGUUUUUGAACUCGGAACAUGGAACUACAAUGCCUGCAAGAGGCGUUGAAAGUCGAGAUCCAAUGUCAUCAGAAACUAGUUGCACAGAUGAAGCAAGACCCGCAGGAUGGAGAGCUUAAGAAACAACUACACGAGAGACACGACAGAAUAACAGCUCUAAGCGAAAAACAAAAAAUGGCUGUUAGAAGUUGUCCCAUAGGGGGGACCACCAAGCCCCUCUCCCUCAUCAAGCCCCCUCCUCCUCCCUCCUCCCAAAGCAUCUCCAUCUCCGUUCUACCGGCCAACCCGGCCACCAAGACAGCUCCCGUUGCCAUGGUGACCGCACACAUGACCGGUGGCCAAAAGGUGUUGUCGGGAACGGCAGCCCCAGGGAGCUCCUCCUCUCCUCCUCCUCUCCAGACAUCCUCCAUCAACCUGCAGACCAAUAGAGGGCCGGGAGGAGCGGUGCUACAGCAUUACAGCAGGAGAGAGAUGCUGGGAAACCUAACAGUAGUGCCCAUCAAGGUUCCUCAGGUCAGCUCUCUACACCGGCUGUCUGGACAGGGCAACACUGGGCUACCUCAGGUUCAGCCAGAGAGUGUGAUCCCAGACAGCCUCCCCGACAGCCACAGCCAUGUGUCUGUCCCUCAGGAGCAGCCAGCCAGCCAGAAACAGUCAUCCAGUCAGGCCCUCCGUCUCCUCCGCCUCCCUCAGGAGCAGCCAGCCAGCCAGAAACAGUCAUCCAGUCAGGCCCUCAGUCUCCUCCGCCUCCCUCAGGAGCAGCCAGCCAGCCAGAAACAGUCAUCCAGUCAGGCCCUCAGUCUCCUCCGCCUCCCUCAGGAGCAGCCAGCCAGCCAGAAACAGUCAUCCAGUCAGGCCCUCAGUCUCCCUCAGGAGCAGCCAGCCAGCCAGAAACAGUCAUCCAGUCAGGCCCUCAGUCUCCUCAACCUCCAGAGAGUUACCGCUGUGGUCAGCCCUAAGAGCCACGCCCACAGCUUUAACCACACCCACAGCUCCAGCCACACCCUCAUCCAGAGCCACACCCUCGGCCCGGCCCUGCCUACAGCCAACAGCACGUUCAGCACAGAACGCCUCUCCAAAGGCCAGGGAGACGCAACCUCCUCGCCCCCUCUCCAGCCCCCUCUCCAGCCCCCUCUCCAGUCUCUCUCCCUGGCCCUAGCCUGGCCUGGAGGCCCCUCCACCACCACCAUCUCCCCCACCUCUACCAGCAGCCCGACUGCCACCUCAGCCUCGGUAGCCCCCGGUGUGACCUUCUCCAUCAUAUCUGCCUCGCCGCCGGCUGAUACGGGGAACAACGGGGUGUGGGCCGUCAGUGAGGGAGUCAAGGUCCAGCCGCUGGUCUUCAGCACGGACAAUAAGGUGAUAAUAAUCCAGCCAGAGGCUGAGACCCCCAGCUCCUCCCAGGACUCCCCAGGAGGACCCCAGGGGGCCGACAGCCCCUCCCAGGAGAACCCCUCCAUCACCCCGAUCCCCAACCCCUCCACCCCUCCCUCCUCUACACCAGCCAAGAAGAGGAAGAAGCAGAAGGAUGAGGUCCCAGAGAAAAUGGCCUUCAUGGUGGCUCUUGGCCUGGUCACUACAGAGACACUGGAAGAGAUCCAGACCAAGAGACAAGAGAGGAAGAGACGAAGCACAGCCAACCCAGCCUACAGCGGCCUGGUCCAACCAGAGCGUAAACGCCUUGCAUCAAAUUACCUGAACAACCCACUCUUCCUAUCAGUGAGAGACACCGGAGACUACAGCUGGAAGGAGGAGCGGGAGCAUGAUGACUACUGCUCCGUGUGUAAGGAGGACGGGGAGCUGCAGCUCUGCCACAACUGCCCUAGAGCCUACCACCCUGACUGCCUGCACCCCCCUCUCAAAACCCCCCCCCGCGGGGUCUGGGUCUGCCCCAAGUGCCAGAAGAAGGUUCUGAACAAAGAGAACAUGUCGUGGCCACAGAACUUUGUACAGUCCUACGUUACACACAAGACGGUGAGAGAGGGGGAGAAGAGGAGUCUGCUCAGGAGGAACGUGGAGCUGAAGAAGGAGUGUGCUCACCUGGAGGAACAGGACCAAAAACUCAGCAAGUCCCUCACGCAGAAGGUGAUGGACGUGCGGGAGCGUCUGAUUGGUCAGCAGAGGGACACCCAGUCCUCCCUGGAGCGUCUCAAGGCUCUGAUUCGUCUGAUCCAAAGAGACCAGAUGAUCCAGGUUACCAUGACAGCCACCACCACCACCACCGGAGCGUCCCUGCUCUCCCUGCCCUGGAUCAAACCCUCCGGCAGCCCCAACGCACACACAGCGCCCCCUGCUGGACCGUCUAUGCUACUGCAGCAGAAGAGUCUGGCCGUGCCACAGUCUCAGAGCCAGACCCGGGGCAACAACUGAGCUCUUGUAGCACCAUUCCAGCCCACCAGGGGGCACAGUUCACAGUUCAAAGGGUGCGCCACAAAUGGCACUUUAUCCCCUAUAUAGUGCAUUGCUUUUAACUAGGACCCCCAAUGGGGGGACAGUUUCGAAGACGUGUCCAUUUGGCGUCAGAGCCCUGGUCUAAAGUAGUGCACUAUAUAGGGAAUAGGGUGCCAUUCUCUGGUCUAAAGUAGUGCACUAUAUAGGGAAUAGGGUGCCAUUCUCUGGUCUAAAGUAGUGCACUAUAUAGAGAAUAGGAUGCCUCAGCAGAAGCAUCCAUGCCACGUGGCCACCUGCGGAAUGGCAGGACACCUCACAGAAAACGUUGAGACAACUAUUUUUUUUUGUUGAAGAAGUCGUCUGAGACGCCAUCGAAACCAUUGAAUAUUAGUGAACCACGUGGUUGGAGAGUUGUUGUGGAGGGGGAAGAACUGAAACAUCUUCCUUUCACUACAUUUCAUUACAAGUAUUUUUUAAACCCAACACCUACAGUGCUUACGAGAUUUAUUUUAUUUAUAGUUUUUUAUUUUAUUUAUUAUUAAUGUUUCUUGGCCUUAAUGUAUUUAUUACGACUAUAAGAAGUUAGAUCACAGUGCUGCAACUGAAAUAGGUAUUUUCUGUGUGGCCGAAAAAUCGUUCAGAUAAAAACAAAACAAAAAAAAAACUGGUAUAAUAAUUGUUGUGCAUAUAGAGAUAGAGAGAGACAACGAUACCAUAGUUAGUUACAAAUGAACAAUGGAAGGAAUGAAGAAGAAGUGGAACUAAAGGACUGUCCUGCUGUAUUGGAGUAGGUCUCUGAACAAUAUUUGCCACGAUUAUCAGGUGAGUGAGGUGAAAGGUGGGGAGAAGUUGUCAUUGUGUAUGUACAGAAAAGCAUACAAGCCUUCAAAACAAAAAAAACAGAGAAUCCAAUUUUUUUCCAGUAUUAGUAUAGAGUUAAAGGAGUUAAAAUAAAAAUAAAAGUAUUUAAGAUGACUACAGAAUUUAGCAUUUCUAGAGGAGAGUUGAGUAUUUUUCAUGCUGUUGAUUACCGAGUUACUGAGUGUUGAGGAGUAUUGAUGGAAGGAUCUAUCGCUGUAAAUAAGUUGUGUUGUUAUCCCAGGUCCUUCUCCAUGUUACUGUUACUGGACAACAACAACAACAACAACAACAACAACCCAACAUGUUCCUGCUCCCCCACCAGCUGUACUCAAAAGCGGCCAUUUUGAACUGUCCUGUAAUUGUGCGAUCCAACCAUUUGAAUCCCCUUCUUUUCACCACUACAGAAAAUAUGCCAAAAAACCAUUACAUUUAGUACUGGGAACUCCUGUGUACGUAUCAAAUAUAUAUGUCUGGCAUGCUUUUUUA